CACGUAGCAGCUUACUUAUACCGUCCAGCAUAGCCCACACGUAUAAACCCAUCGCCCACAACAUUCUUCGAUCUCUCUCACAUCCCAUACUUCAUCUAGUCUCAUAAUGGUUGCUGAAAUUUCCACCACGGCACAGCUCAAGGAGUUAACUACUGAUGCCAACAAGCUCACUGUCAUAGAUUUCACUGCGAGUUGGUGCCCUCCUUGCCAGGCGAUCAAGCCGAUCUUUGAGACCCUUGCGAAGGACAACGCCCAUGUGAACUUCGUCAAGGUUGACCUGUCCGAGGGCUCGAACGAGCUCGCCACCCUGUACUCCGUCACUGCUAUGCCGACCUUCAUUUUCCUGGUAGGCGCGGAAGAAGUGCACAGGAUCCGUGGCGCUAACCCGGCUGGCCUCAAAUCGGCUGUCGCGCAACACGCCAAACCCGCCACUUCUGGUGCGUUCUCUGGACAAGGCCGAACUCUUUCGGGUAAAGGCGGAUCUUCAUCAUCCGCAUCUACUUACAACGUAUCGAACAGCUUAACUGCCACAUGGUCGAAUACGAGCCCUCAAGCGAAAGUUUUGAUUGCACUUUGUGCAGCAUAUGUAUUUUUUUGGCUGAUAUAGAAAAGAACGAAUAUUGUAGAUCAGGUUUCGCGCUGGUGUAUUACGUACAGAUACGAUACAUCCAAUAGUCAUCGGAUUUAUGUUUGAUGGAUAUGGGGGUGAAUGAGAAGCUAGAACGGCCAGCGCAGGUAUUGUGCGAGUCCAUCAACAGGCUCAGUACUUUUGAA